AUGCAUCGUUUUAGCCUCUUUAGUUGUCUUUCAACAGUUGUUCUCGCUGCAACUUUUCAACUUGCCACUGCAGUAGAUGCUGAUCCGCCUUCGAACGGAGUAUGCUUCUGCACUGAAUAUUCUCAAAUUUCGGUUGCCGUGGCUUCAUGCACGGCCAUCACACUUCAAGAUAUUGCCGUUCCAGAUGGUGGUAACAGCAUCGACCUUUCCAAACUGAAGGACAAUUCAGUAGUCACCUUUGCCGGUAAAACUACAUUUGGUUUCACCAACUCUAGUUCCUUCGACCCCAUAAUCCUGGGAGGGAAAGGCGUUACCAUUACAUCCGCCCCUGGAGCUAUCAUAGAUGGAAAUGGACAAGCCUAUUGGGAUGGAAUUGGCUCAAAUGGCGGAGUUCCAAAACCAAACCAUUUCAUCGUCGUUAAGCUGACCUCGGGGUCCGUAAUCAAGAACCUGCAUAUUCGCAAUUGGCCAGUCCAUCUCUUCACGGUUUCCCACUGCUCAGAUCUCGUGAUGCGGGAUAUGGUUCUCGACAAUCGAGAAGGUGACGUCCCGAAUGCACGCAGUGCUGGUCUUGCAGCUGCACAUAACUCAGAUGGAUUUGAUGUCGGUUCGAGUACCAAUGUGCUUAUUACCAACACGACAGUGUAUAAUCAAGAUGAUUGCGUCGCCGUGACUAGCGGGAAUAAUAUCACAGUGGAUAACAUGUACUGUUCCGGUGGGCAUGGGCUGAGCAUUGGGUCGAUUGGAGGGAAGAGUGAUAACACCGUGACUAAUAUCAAGUUUAGCAACAGCGUGGUCGUUGACUCUUCUAACGGCCCGCGCAUCAAAACCAACUUCGACACCACUGGCCUCGUCUCCAACAUCACCUACAGUAAUAUAUCAUUGCAAAAUAUCUCCAGCUACGGUAUCGAUGUGCAGCAAGACUAUCUUAACGGUGGCCCCACGGGCUCGCCGUCCAAUGGCGUUCUCCUCGAAAAUAUCUUGUUCGACAAUGUUACGGGUACAGCGACGUCGAGUGCGAAGAACUAUUACGUCCUGUGUGGGGAAGGGAGCUGCAAGAACAUUGUGUUCCAGAAUGUGGAUAUUACAGGUGGCCAGAAGAGUUCAAGUUGUAAUUUCCCGGAAAGUGGAUGCCCAACUUAA